AUGCUUGAGAAUAACGCUUCAAAGGCAUCCCUGAACGAAGAAAAACUGCAACUGCAGAAGAAUUUGAGGGAGCUGGAGAGAUAUCAACUCGUCACAAUAUUGGACAACUAUCAGGCAAUUGUAACGGCCAUCGCUAAGGACAUCAAUCGUGAACGUGAAUAUCGACUGGAGAGAAGUGAACAGCUGGAGAAUUUGCGUAAGACAAUCACACAACUGGAAGAGAAACGAAAAGAGUACAUCGAACGACUGAACUCUUAUCAGGAGUACCUCGAGAAGUGCCUCGAGAACAUUUCGGUUACACCAAAGUGA